GUGCAACGCAGGGGUAGCAUCGACCUACAUCGUCGUGGAUAUGAUCAGGUGGUAUAGACAUCAGGGUACAGAACGAGGAAGAGCAAAGGAAGAACUAGCUACAUCGACACGCGUCGCUUAGUAUCAGAUAGCUCGCUGCACCCACCUACAGUACCUUUACCAUCCCUAUACUCAUUAACACUUGCCUGAGCAACAAUCACCUACAUCUGCCUCCAAGUCCGGGAUGGCGAGCACACAGGACCAACCCAUCCCACCUAACAACACCGUCUCAGGACCUCCUGAACCUCGGGUGGAGACCGAUGGAACGGGGAAUCAUAAAGCCUCUCUCCAACCCGAGUCAGGGGAGGGCAAGUCGAAGCAAGAGUCGGACCCCAGAGCAGCGUUCGAUGAUCCCAGUCAAUACGGGUCGGACUUGUCGCCUUAUAACAAGUUCCAAUCGUUGAGGAUCUGGGCGACCGGGACCUCGUUACGAAACAUAGUCGACGGCGCCAGUGUCUUUUACAACUACCGUUUCUUCCAUAAAGAACGAUGGUCCAUCUACCUCAACCUCGGAGAUGAUGAGAAUGGGAACCCGAUCCCCAAAUUACGGAUCCUCAUCUACCUCCCCCUGAGGGGUCGGGAUUACGCUCUGAGGGGGUGGGUCAAGCCGGGGGAAGAGACGGGCAAGCCGAAGAAGCGGGGUGUGGUGGUACAUCUAGCUGGGGGAGGGUUCACCAUGUGCCGACCGGAAAACGAAGGCCACCUCUGUCGAACCCUCUGCGACACCCUCUCCUCGGUCGUCAUCUCCCCCGACUACGCCAAGGCCCCACAACACCCCUUCCCCGUCGCCCUGAACCAAUGCUACGCGCUCAUCCGCUGGAUAGCAGACCCGGACGGCUUGUUCCAGUUCCUCUCCACCUCGGGUACACCGUCCAUCAAGACUUUCUUGCCCAACGUCGAUCCUACUCGGAUAGCCUUGUCCGGAGGUAGUUCGGGUGGGAACCUCGCUGCCGCACUCGUCGUCAAAUGCAUGGACGGCCCUUCGCUCCCUCUCGACGCUCGGAUAGUCGGCUUGGGUCUCCUUUACGCGAUGAUCGACGUGACGGUACCCUUUCAAGAGAAACUCAAGGACGUACCUGAUAAGAGCAAAGUCCUCCCGCGUUGGCUUACCAGGUUGUUCCUCGACGGGUACUUGGACCAACUCCGGAUCCCUGCCAAUGCCGAGAAACUACGCGAUCCGUACCUCUCCCCUGCGUUAUGUUCCCAUGAGCAACUAGAGAGGUUCCCCAAGACCGUCGUCGUGACGGCGGAAAACGACUACCUGUGCAAGGAAGGCGAGAUCUUUGCCGAUCGGCUGGAGAAAGAAGCCGGGUUCUCGAUAGCGAGGGAUGGCAACAAUAAGAUCGGGGACGGACACGGCAAGCUCUGGCGCAAGACGUUCAAGAACGUCGGGCACGGGUUCGACAUCGCCCCAAACUUGACGAAAGAGACGCAGAGGAUCCACGGGCAGGCUCGGGAAGAGGCGUGGGGGAUGAUCUGCGAGGCGUUUGAUCAGGAGCUCAGCGAGAGGAAGCGGUGGGCGAAACGGGAUGACGACCGGAGGUCGAGUCCGGAGAGUUCAAUGCAAUGAUGCGAUGCGAUGUGGAUGAUGAUCGAGAGAGUUCUAGGUCGUGUAUACAUGGUUUCUUUUAUAAUUCGAUCUCGUCCCAUGAGAUCUUGUAGCCCUUCUACCGCAUCGCCGUCAACCCCUCAUGCGGGACCAUAAUCAAUUGUUCGCAUCUACGACCAGACGUCGAGCAAGAGUCG